AUGGAGGGUCCUUCUAGAUACUAUCUUACCUCCAUCAAGGACCUCCCUGAAGAUUGUCUUAAUUUUAUUUUCCAACGGCUUGACUGCAACUCUGAUCGUGAAUCAUUUGGUUUGACCUGCCAUCGUUGGCUUCGCAUUCAAAACAUAAACCGUCGGUUCUUACAGUUCCAAUGUUCAUUCACCCAACUUGACGUUUCCUCAUUAUCUCAAACCAGUCCCACCAUUAGCUCUUUCCAUCUCAAUAGGCUGCUUACCCGUUUCCAGCUUCUAGAAUCAUUAUCCCUUUCUGGUUGCACAGAGCUGCCUGAUUCAGGCUUAACUCCUUUGCAGGAUUAUGGUUCAAGACUGCAAACUAUUUUCCUGGAUUGCUGCUUUGGAAUCACUGAUCAAGGACUUUCCCUGAUUGCUACUGGCUGUCCUUUGACGGUUAUUAGUCUUUACCGCUGUAAUAUCACUGAUGUUGGGUUGCAGAACUUGGCAAAAUCUUGCUCAGCUUUAAAGGAUGUGAAUCUUUCCUACUGUGCACUUAUUUCCGACCAUGGGAUAAGAGCUCUUUCCCAAAAAUGUUGUCAGCUUCGGGCAGUUAGCAUAUCUUUCUGCAAGGGUGUGAGUGGUGUUGGAUUUAGCGGCUGUUCGCCAACUCUAGCUUAUUUAGAAGCCGAGUCAUGCAAACUUGGGCCAGAGGGGAUAACUGAGAUUGUCAGUGGAGGUGGACUUGAAUAUUUGAAUGUUUCUAAUCUGAGAUGGUGCAUUACUGGAGAUGGUUUGGCAGCAAUUGGGGCAGGACUCGGUACAAAGCUGAGAGUUCUUAACUUGCGAAUGGGUAGACUUGUUAGCAGUGAGUCUGUUGCAGCAAUUGCAAAGGGAUGCCCAUUACUUCAAGAGUGGAACUUAGCAUUAUGUCAUGAGGUGAAGAUCCCAGGGUGGAAGGCUGUCGGUGAAAACUGUCACAACUUGGAGAUAAUACAUUUGAAUAGAUGUAGAAAUCUUUGUGAUCAAGGGUUGCAGGCUCUGAGGGAUGGGUGCAGACAACUCAGGAUAAUGUACAUCAAUGGAUACUAUCAGGUCAGUGUUGCAGCCAUGGAGAUGUUUAAAUGGUCAAGAAGUGAUGUGCAGAUAAAGGAAGAAGAAAUAACCAUUGUGCCUAACUGGCCAUUUAGAUAAAUGCAGGAUGAAGCAAUCAACUAUUUAGAAGAAAACUUGAAAAAAAAACCAUCAAGAUGCUUGAACUUGGCUGAAAAUUUGUGUGCCAUUGAAGAAGCCACAACUGCUCUAAUCAUUGAUGAAAUUCCAUUUAAGUUAUUAUUAGGUCUUAGAUACAUUGAUAAACAGAUCUCCGUUUCUAAGAUUCAUCAUUUAGAUGAUCCUCAAAUGAGUAAAACUCAUUCUUCAUAGAAAACCAAAUAUUUUUAUGCUC